CAUACGAGUCGGCCAUAUUAGAGAGAUGGAAAUAAAGCUUCCCUGAUGUUGUGUAUGUCUGCGAAGUACGCCCGUGCAUUUUCUCUUUUAGCAUUUAACCGUUCCUCCCCUGUUGUCCUUGGUCCCUCCAACCACCCCCUCCCAGAGCCCACCGCUGAACACCUCAGCCUGGGAAAAUGCGCGGGGCUGCUUGGCCACCUCGCCCUGCCUUCGGUCUCACGGGGCUCAGUCUCUUUUUCACUUUGGUGCCAUCAGGGCGGAGCAUGGAAGUCACAGUCCCUACCACCCUCAGCAUCCUCAAUGGCUCCGAUGCCCGCCUGUCCUGCACCUUCAACUCCUGCUACACUGUGAACCACAAGCAGUUUUCCCUGAACUGGACGUACCAGGAAUGCAGUAACUGCUCAGAGGAGAUGUUCCUCCAGUUCCGCAUGAAGAUCAUCAACCUGAAGCUGGACCGGUUCCGAGACCGUGUAGAGUUCUCAGGGAACCCGAGCAAGUAUGAUGUGUCUGUGACGCUGAGGAGCGUGCAGCUGGAGGAUGAGGGCAUCUACAACUGCUAUGUCACCAACCCGCCCGACCGCCACCGGGGCCAUGGCAAGAUCUACCUGCAGGUCCUGCUGGAAGAGCCCCCAGAGCGGGAUUCCACAGUGGCGGUCAUCGUGGGAGCCUCCGUGGGGGGCUUCCUAGCUGUGGUCAUCUUGGUGCUGAUGGUGGUCAAAUGUGUGAGGAGGAAAAAGGAGCAGAAGCUGAGCACAGAUGACCUGAAGACCGAGGAGGAGGGCAAGACGGACGGCGAGGGCAAUGUGGAUGAUGGCACCAAGUAACAGGGACCCCUGCAGCCCCUCCCUGUGUCCCGCCUCCUCCCAUUCUGCCCCGUAUGUGUGACCCUGCUGCCCUCUCUUGGUGUGCUUUUCCUCAACAGGACUCCAGGGCACCCCUGGGGCCUCAUGAACCCCUCACUUCGUACCCCACACCCUGUACCAAGAGCAACACACCUCUCUUCCAUCUGAGAACCUACCAUGGCGUCCAGGAUGUGUGGGCCCUGGGGGGAAGAACAGAGGGGCUCCACCCUGCCGGUCCUGAGAGGAGGCAGGAGGCAUGUCUUGGUGUCUCAGAGAAAAGAUGGUGAGGGCAGGCAGCGGUGGAAGAAGGCAACUGUCCAGCCACCUAGGGAUGGAUCCGGCAGUGGCUUCAGGAGGACCUGGGGUGUAGAGGAAGAGCUCUCCUGUGCUGGCCUGAGCGCCCUCCGGAAGGCCUUGGCUCUGGCCUUGCUGCGCCCCAUGGACUCCCCCUGGCCCAGAGCCUCCUCUCAGGUUGUGGGUGAGGAAAGCUUUCAUGAUUUGGGGCAGGGGCAUGUGAGAGGGAGGAUGGUGCAAUUCUAGGACACUGAAGGAAAGCGGGCUGAGGCAGACCUGGCGCAAACCUUGGCCCAGGAAGCUCUGUUCUGGCCCUCGUUUCCAUUGUUAGCUGCUCCCUUAGGAGGCUCUCGGUUUGCUGUCAGCUACUGACCUCUCGGGGAUGUUGCUGAGGACAGAACUAGAGAAGCAGCUCCAGGUAGGGUCAUGCUUCUUCCUGCUAAGGACUGGGAGAACCAAGUCAAAGCCAGCUGAGGGUCUAAAGAGAGGGGCUCUGUCAUUAAUGGGCUUGGCUUCAGGCUGCCUUCUCUUCCAGGGCCGCCACCUUUGCCUGGGUCAAGAGAAGCCAAGAUUCAGGCCUUGGGUUGGCUUUCCAGUUGCCCUCAGUAGGGCUUGUGUCCGACUUUGCCAGGAGGGAGGAUGGGAAGGCUGGAGGGAAGAGGCAGGGCUGAGGAGCUUCUGAGCCCAGGCCCAGCCUUGGUUCUCCUGGAGCCUUAUUCCCUUGCCCCUCUGCUCUAGCAGCUUCUUUGUGAGUGAAGAGAGUAGUACCUGUGUGAACCAACUUUCACUGCCAUUUUAUUCACAUUAGAACGGAAUCAUUUAAGACUGGGGAGAAGGAGAAAGACUGGGUCAGAAACUGUGGACUCAGAGAACCUUCUGAAGUUAGCCAAGUCUCUUAGGUGUUGGGGAGUGGAAGUUCCAUGCGAUGGGAGGCCGAGGGGCUUGCUUCCUCUAGCACUGGGACCUCCAUUUUGAAUCAAUACAGCCAUAGUUUUCCUGGUGGGUGGGCCUCUAGGGUCUGGUGAGGGGGAGAUGGGGUGAGGGUGCUCAUCUAGCCCUGCUCCCCCACCAGGAGCACAGCCCCUGUCAGCUCAGGGAGGUAGGUGUCCAGAGUCUGGGAACAGGGGAUAGUGACAGCAAGGGGUGGUGACAGUCUCAGGGACCAGUCCCUGCUUCUGCCUAUCAGAUGGCCUAUUUGGGGUGGGGGCAAUAACAUGGGAGAUUCAGCUUAAUUCACUUUAGUUCAACAACCAUUUAUUAAGCAUCUUCUCUGUGUCAGGCACCAUGCUGGGUGCCAGGGACACACACAAAGCCAUAACAGAGUUGGAGACUGCCAGGUCAGCACUUUAGGAUUAAGAUUAUUAUUAUUGAUAUUAUUAUUAUUAUUAUUAUUAUUAUUAUUAUUAUUAUUAUUUUCAGUGAAUCUACUUCCACCUCUAUAGCCACUGCUUCUAGGAUGAAAGUUGAGAAGGAAGAGAUUCUAGAACCAGGACCUUGAAAAGGGAAGGGGGCAGGUACAAGUGCAAAGAGGGCUGCAGAGGCCCGGCAGGGUGGGCUUGGAGUCAGGGAUGGGCAACCUGCAGGAGGAGAGACCCCGGGUGAGGAGAGCCCAGUCCCAGCGGAUUCUGAACUCAUCAGCUCAGUCCCCAACUGCCAAUCAACACACUGCCAAUGGGGGUGGGCUAAGCCAUUGGAUACCUGGAGCAGGCGGAUGCCACCCAUCCUUCAAGUCAACCAUCCCGGGCCAGAGAGGAGGGCAGUAGGCACCUCAAGCCAGCUGAGACCAGGGACGGUGGACACACUGCUGCAGCUGACAGAUUUUAUUAUUUGUCCUCCUCUCCUGGGUAAUGAGGAUCUGCACUGAUGUCGGCAAUGUUUCUUUUUCCAAGACUUAGAGGGAUUAUUUACAAGAUUCCCUAGGUUUCAUCUAAAAAGUUCUAAUUCUCCUGCAACAUUUCUGAGUUUUCUCUUUCUCUGUCUCUGCCCCGAGCAGGUGGGGUCUCAGACCUCCCUCACUCCCCGGGGAACCAAGGUUGGGAGCGAAGUGGGGCUUCUGGGAGUGGAGGUGGGAAGCCAGUGAGAUGUUCACGCAGCAGCCAUUGCUCCACCCUGCUUCCAGCUUAUGCCAGCAAGCUGUUCCUGCCCUGCAGUUGGGGUUCAAGCCCCACUUCCAGCUGCAUGCUCUCACCACCACUACGCUCUGCUGGCUUCAGUCUGUUGGCUUGCUCCACCACCUCCACAUCUCUUCUCCCAGAACCCUCUCCUCCCCAUCUGUCUCUUCCUCUUAAUUAAGGGCCACUGCAAAGAGAGAUGGGCUGGUAAACCUGUGGGAUUUAGCUGACAAGAACAAAGCACAAUUUUUCAGGACUGAAAUGCCUUGAGGUGCCUUGGAACUGGCUUUGGAGAUAGCUAUCUGUCCCUCCAGCCAGGGACUCAUCACAGUUAGUCCCACCUUAUAAAAAAGAAAACCUGAUUGGAUCCAUAUUUCUCUCUGUGAGUCUUCAGGGGAGGUCAGGCUGGUAAAUAUUUGCAAAGCUAAGUUAAGCAUAAGCAGGGAGACAAGUAGAAAUCCUGGCCAGGUUCAAAAAGAUAGUCCCAGACCACAGAAAUGGAUGGUAAAUUGAGGGAUCUUCCAUCUUACUUAUGUCUUAAGAAUAGACAGGCUGUGUCCCUUGCUGUGCCUCUUGCUGAUGUCUUCCUUUACUGAAGCUUGCCAAUGCAUUUGCACAUAGCCUCUCUGUAUAGGUAUAGCUAUAUUAUAUAUACAAAUAUACAACAUCUCACUACACCCACCCCAGAAGUUACUCUGCAGAGGGAGGGGCAAUCACUUCUCAGUGUUUUGAGUUGAUUCACCAAAGGCAAAUUAUGGAAUGUUCUUCUUGCUUUUUGUGCACUUGGAGGGGAAAACCCAGCUGCGUAAGAAGAUUUUAUGCACAUCUAGGCUUUACAUGCUGUGUGGUGGUUGGCAGGUGUGUUUGGAAGGGGAGAGAAGCUUCAGUGGUCCUUUGUGGCCCGGCUGCAGGACUGUAUCUGCUUCCAAGAGCAGGCUAAGUUUCUCCCAUAGUUUGUGUGAUUGCUUGUGUCUGUCGACUACAAUAAACACACCGUCUCUCCUGGA